GGGGGUUAGAAGGAAGAGGAUGGAGGGGGGUGGGUGGAGGUGAAGGCAGCCUCCCCCCCCGAAUAUCCCCCACCUCAUUGGGCCAUCGCCAUGGCGACGAAUUUUAACGACAUUAUCAAGCAAGGCUAUGUGAGGAUGAAGAGCAAGAAGCUGGGGAUCUACCGGCGGUGCUGGCUGGUCUUCCGGAAAUCCUCCAGCAAAGGGCCCCAGCGCCUGGAGAAGUACCCGGAUGAGAAGUCAGCGUGCCUGCGUGGGUGCCCCAAGGUCACCGAGAUCAGCAAUGUCAAGUGCAUCACUCGGCUGCCCAAGGAGACCAAAAGACAGGCCGUGGCUAUUGUUCUCACUGAUGACUCCGCCCGGACCUUCACCUGCGAUUCAGAGCUGGAGGCGGAGGAGUGGUACAAGACGCUGACAGUGGAGUGCCUGGGUGCCCGCCUGAACGACAUCAGCCUGGGGGAGCCCGACCUGCUGGCGCCCGGCGUGCAGUGUGAGCAGACGGACCGGUUCAACGUGUUCCUCCUCCCCUGCCCCAACUUGGACGUUUACGGCGAAUGCAAACUGCAGAUCACCCAUGAAAACAUCUACCUCUGGGACACACACAACCCCCGGGUGAAGCUGGUCUCCUGGCCACUCUGCUCCCUGCGCCGCUAUGGGCGUGAUGCCACCCGCUUCACCUUUGAGGCCGGACGGAUGUGUGACCCGGGGGAAGGUCUCUACACCUUCCAGACACAGGAGGGUGAGCAGAUCUACCAGCGCGUCCACAGCGCCACAUUGGCCAUUGCCGAGCAGCACAAGAAGGUCCUGCUGGAGAUGGAGAAGAACGUCAGGCUGCUGAACAAGGGCACUGAGCACUUCUCCUACCCCUGCACCCCCACCACAAUGCUGCCCCGCAGUGCCUACUGGCACCACAUCACUGGCUCCCAGAACAUGGCCGAGUCCUCCAGCUAUGCCGGGGAGGCGUACGCAGGUGCCCAGGCCAGCUCAGACACCGACCUCCUCAACAGGUUCAUGUUGAUGAAGCCAAAGUCCUCCAAAAGCGACAAGCCUGAAAGCAGGGAGCCCACAUCGUCCCCAUGAGCUGGUGGGGGGGGAAACACCUCGAGGGGUGGCAAGGACACAGCAGCCACCCCUCCGAGUCCCCAGGGAGAUCAAGCUGGAGCUUCCUCUGCGCCAGGACCUUGGGGGAGCAGGCACUGGCUCACACCCUGGCCUGACGUUAGCAGAGGCAACAGCUGGCUCAGCCUUGACUGACUUGAAAUAUAUAUUGAAUAUCCGUAUCAUAAGAGAUUUUUUCCUUUUCACAUGAAUACAAACUUUGUAGCUGCCGAAGAGCUGCAUCUCAGGCAGAGAUGCUCAGAGGUUUUUGACUUUAGGGAUUCCAGCUGGGAAGUGGAGAAGGAAGGGGGAUCAAGAAAUUCGGUGUUUUCUGCAAGUGGGGAGGAAGUCUGGUGCAUCACCCUGCCACGGGGACAGAGCAGCGCUGGAGGAUGCAGCUGUGCCAGGCUGAAGGUGCAGGGCACCAGCAGCUCGUCCCCCCUGCCAAGUGAAGAGUGGGGUGCUCCAGGAGACUCCCUGCCACCCCUGAGCUGAUUUUUUGCACUUCUCUAAGCUAUUUUAACACUCGCUGUAGAACUCAGACUCUCAGGAGAAAUUGGUUUUCCUUCCAGGGGGGUCAGCUGGGAUGAGCAGCUGUGUAGAGCAGAGCCCCCCAGCUUUCCCAGGCUGCUCCCACCCCAGCACCCCUUGCUCCUCCACCUGCAGCUGCUCCACCCAGCCAUACCCGUUUUAUCCUCUCGUGGGCAACCCAGGGACUGGUUUUGGCCAGUAGCAUCUGUCCCUUGAGGGGCAGCUUUGCAGAUAUAAGAAGUCCCUGGGCAGAGAAGUCCAUGCCAAUGGGGGAAGAGCCACAUUUCUCCCUGCACCCCCACUCCCAUCAUCCUCAUUCCCUCCUUGCCCACUGGCAUGGCUGGGUGAAAGCCCUCGCCCAGGGAGGGGGGAAGCUGGCUUCAUGUGCUGAACCCAAAAGCAAUUGAUUUUUUUCUAGUUCUAUUUAUUGACCUCCUUUAGAAGGGCUAUCUUUUUAUUGCCGUGCAAACUUUGGUGUUUCUUUGGAGUCUUUGGGUUGGGUGGUCAAUGGUUUUAUUUCCACCCUUAAAGCUCCAGGUCUGUGAUUUGGGGAUGGGGAGUGUCGUGAUGUAGGAACCUGUCGUCUGUAAAUACUAUGUCUUGGGUUUGUGUAGCUUGUGGCUGAGGCUGGGGAGCUGCUCGGGGGAGGGAAGAGCAGGUUGGAGAAGGGCUGCUCCCCACAGCAUGGCCAGGUGCAGAGGGGCUCAUCGACACCCCAGCACCACCUGGUAGCAUGUCCCUCCCUGGGUGAGAGAUGCAAUCUGCUCUCUUUUUCCUAGCUACACACCUCAGCUGGAAAAGGUUUAACAUUUAUUACCAAAAAUGUUUGGGUUUUCUUUUCUUUUUUUUUUUUUUUUUUUAAGGAGUUGCUCAAUGAAUAAACAACCCUUAUCC